CGGUCGCACUCCCAAUUUUGCAACUCCAUCGUCAAAGAGCGAAUUGUCUCCAUCCCCCUUCAACAAAUCGUUCAUCCCAGUCCGUUCAUCGCCAAAAAUCAUCCAAUAUGGGUAAGGUUCACGGAUCUCUCGCCCGUGCCGGUAAGGUCAAGGCUGCCACCCCCAAGGUUGAGCCCCAGGAGAAGAAGAAGCAGCCCAAGGGCCGCGCCUACAAGCGUGUUCUCUACACCCGCCGCUUCGUCAACGUUGUCAUGACCGGUGGCAAGCGCAAGAUGAACCCCAACCCCGGUGCUGCUUAAAUCAACGCAUCUUGAUAAACAAAAACCCCGAGGCGUGGAGGAAGGUCGGAUUCUACGAUUUUGAAAGACAUUCGCGAUCGACACCGCUACGGCCCC